AUGGACGCUAAAAUUGGGCCAGUGGGCCAAUUCAGUCCCAAAAACUUUUCUCCUAUUUUGGGGUUUGAUUCAAUUGAAACGCUUACAGUCUUCGCUUCGAUGGAAGAUAGAUACGGUGGCCCAUCGCCACCUCCAUCAACACUUCCGUCUUCACCAGAGAUCGCGACACCGUCGGAAGCCGGUGAGUCGGAUGAGGUUCAAGUGAUGAGCGAGGUUCACCUGGGUUGUCCGCCUAAUCACUCCGGGCCCCACAUCUCCCACUUCACCAUCGCUCUUCCACCUCUUGAGCCCACAGAGAGCAGAUAUGAUGAUAUACUCGAAGAUGAACUGACUAUAGCACAACAGGAUGUUAGAUUGGAUGAAGAUGGUGAUCUUGUUCUGACUCGACGCAGCAAAAAAUUCAAGGAUGAUUUUGUCUUGACUGUCUGGCACAAUAUCACCUCGUCAAUUCCAAGUGUUGGUUUACAGUUGUGGAGAGCAGAAUUGGUGCUGGCAGAUUUUGUGUUGCAUAAGAUGUUUUCAUCAUCCGAGUUUGAUGGAAUUGUUGCAGUAGAACUUGGUGCUGGUGUAGGGUUGGUUGGUAUGUUACUUGCACGUGUGGCUAAAACUGUGUUCCUGACAGACUGUGGUGAUGAAGUACUUAGCAACUGUGCUAAGAAUGUUUGUCUUAAUUCUGGAAUGUUCAACAGUAAAACUGCAGUUUAUGUGCGUGAACUUGAUUGGAAGGGUUCAUGGCCCCCUCAAGUGGUGGACAAUUCUCCACCUGGAGAAAGGCAUGCUUGGACCUUAUCAGAAGUUGAAGAACUCCAGAGAGCUUCUUUGUUUGUGGCGGCUGAUGUAAUUUACAGUGAUGACCUGACUGAUGCAUUGUUCACUAAGUUGAAGAAAAUGAUGUCGGAGAGUCCAGAAAAGGUGCUAUUCUUGGCCCUGGAAAAGCGUUACAACUUCAGCCUUGAUGAUCUUGACGUUGUCGCUAACGGAUAUUUACGGUUCCGAAGUUAUCUUAGGGAUGAGGGAGAACAUGGUGAACUCGAAUAUGGAUCUUUACCUUGCUUUGUUGGCAAGUGCAUUGAUCUUACACAAAUUCCACAGUAUGUGAGGGAGUAUGACAGAGGAAAUGAUGUUGAGCUUUGGCAGAUCAAGUAUGGAGGAGGAAAAAUUAAUUCAGAGUCUCCGGGGACAUGACCCACUGCAAAGUAUUGAUUUUGUGGAUCAAGGUCACGUUUUCACUUGCUGAGAAAUUUGCAGUGGGAAACUAGAAAAUGGAAUAGCCCAAGACUUCCGUUACUACGCGGUAUAAAAAGGGUAUAUUUAAUCUUCACCAGGUCAACUUGAAAAUACUAUUCAAGACUUCCGCUCG